UUUUUAGUGAAUCGAUGUCAGACGAGCGCGCACUAAAAUGUGUCAAAAGUGAAAAACAGUGGGUUGGUUGGAAGUAUUGACAUCUGUGCCAUGGCGCCAGGUCAGCGUCAACGUCAACUUUUUUAUCUAAAGAAAGAUCAGAAAAAAAAUAAUGCCAAAAAAGCCUCAAAAGUCGAAGAAUCUUCGGAUAUCGGUCUCAUUUAUCCUGGACCAGAAACUGCUUUCAAGCUUCUUCUUUCAGCAAGAUUUUGCUCAGCUAUAUGGAGCUAUAUAACUGACUGCGAUGAGACUUACAAUUAUUGGGAACCGAGCCAUUAUUUACUAUAUGGAAAUGGUCAACAGACGUGGGAAUACAGUCCAGAAUAUGCUUUGAGAUCUUACACGUACCUCUUGGUUCACAUGGUUCCAGCGCAAUUGUACUAUUACAUACUAGAGCCAAACCCUGUUCAUGUGUUCUAUUUUGUCAGAUGUCUUUUGUCUAUUGGAUGUGCCCUGGCCGAAGUCUAUUUUUAUUUAAAUGUCUGCAGAGAAUUCGGAGUGCACAUUGCAAGGCUGACGUUUGUUUUUUUGAUAACCAGCUCUGGAAUGUUCAUCUCCAGUGCUGCUUUCUUGCCGUCGUCUUUCUCAAUGUAUUGGAGUACUGCAGCAAUAGCUGCAUGGUAUGCAAGAAAAUAUGAGUUGGCGAUUUUUACAACUGCAAUUUCGUCUUUGCUAGGAUGGCCAUUCGCCGCUCUUUUGGGUAUUCCAAUAGCUCUGGAAAUGUUACUGCGUAGACACGAGUGGAUGAAAUUCAUAAAAUGGGUGAUAAUAUCAGGCACAGUGAUAUUAUUAUCGAUGGUGUGGAUAGACUCGAUGUACUUUGGAAAAUUGGUUGUCGCUCCGAUGAACAUAAUUCUUUACAAUGUAUUUACGAGUCACGGUCCUGAUUUAUAUGGAACAGAACCUUUCAGUUUUUAUCUUAUGAAUGGAUUUUUGAAUUUCAAUUUCGUCUUUAUCGGUGCCUUAUUUGCACCUCUAGGACUGCUUUUAGCUUGGGCUGUUGUGCCAGCGAAGCCCAGAAAUCGUUAUUGUUUGCCUUACUGGUAUUCUCUCGCUCCGCUUUAUUUAUGGCUAGUCGUAUUUUUCUGCCAACCACACAAGGAAGAACGGUUCCUUUUUCCAAUCUAUCCAAUGAUUUGUUUGGCUGGAGCAAUUAGCGUGGAUGUUUUACAGAAACUAUAUUUCUUCGUAAGAACCCACAUCAAACCACUGCCAUUCACACAUCAUUAUCUGCAGAGCACUACUCAUAUAAUGUUCGGGGCUAUUCUGGUGUGUGGAUUGCUUGGUCUUUCAAGAUCAUUUGCUCUAUUUCGAGGUUAUUAUGCGCCCAUGGAAAUGAUGAUGGAAGCAAAUAAAUUAGGAACCGAAGGACAAGUGCCCAGUGAAGUUCACAUCAAUUUUUGUGUUGGCAAGGAGUGGCAUCGGUUUCCCGGGAGUUUUUUCUUUCCGUCCAACAAUUGGAAACUUCAGUACCUGAGAUCCGAAUUCAGAGGACAAUUACCCCAAUCAUUUUCGGACGAAGAGAAUGGCACGAGCAUUAUACAAGCGAAUUUUAACGAUUUGAACAAAGAAGAACCUUCUCGUUACUUCGACGUCGAAAAGUGCCAUUUUAUUUUGGAUCUUGAUCUGGGUACGGAAACGAUUCUUGAGCCUAAUUAUUCUCAUCAACCAGAACAUUUUACGGUUAUAAAGUCUUCCCCUUUUCUAGAUGCAUCGAGGUCUCAUCCAUUUUUCCGAGCUUUUUACAUUCCAUUCGUUUCGGACAAGUUCUGUGAAUACGGAUCGUACAAUUUGCUCCAGAGUACAAAAUUCAAGUUGCUUCCGUUGCCAAGCAAAGGGAAAACUGCCAGAGCAGCAUAAAAUUGUGAUCCAAGGCUCUUAUUGCGAAAUGCACAAAGUGAUGAGGCAACGAACGUUUUUUUACUCCUUCGAGGCCACAGGGUCACGUGAUUUUAUUUGAAGGAUUUCAAAUCCUUGUAAAAUCAUGUUAGGUGUAUUUUGUACAUUACGAAAUUCAAAUCCGCUUGUCAUUGUCGGGUUUUUUCUAAAUGUUCAAUAACUCUCUAUAAAUAGGCUUUACAGAAUUAAGAAGCAAAACAUCGAGGAAAAAAAUUCGUUGAAUAACGACCAUCCGGAGCAAUUUUACUAAUGUUUGAAAAAAUUUUAAUCAUUUUCUAUUUUGUUACUUUUUACGAUAAAAUCUUGUACCAUAUAAUCAGAGUUGCCAGCUUUUCGUGAUAGAAAAUGCAACUUUGGAGCUUGUUUCCAACUACCAUAAUCACGAUGAGAGAAAAAAUGUUCACAAGUGUAUGAUGAAUUCUUAUUGUUUUGUGAAAAAUUCAUUGUUCCAUUAUUUCUGAUAAUUUAGCUUACGCCGUGGAAGAAUAAGCUAACAGAUGUAUACGGUUUUGUAUAUAUUCGAGCUACAUACCUAAAAAAAUGUGUUUGAGUCUGGUCAAAAAGGUUCAGAAAAUACGAGAAUCUUGAAGACGAGUCAUUUCAAUAGAUGCAUAAUCGAUGUAGUGAAGUCGCUCAAAGUUAUGCCGGACGUAAUUAUCGAAAUUCGUGUAAAUAUUUUAUACAAAUAAAAAAAGAAUAAUAGUGGAA